CAAAUAAUUUGCGCCCGCAAUCAGGCUGUACGUAAACUUUUAUGGCGGUUCUUUUGCCACAAAAAAACUCUCCAUUUUGACCCAAAUUAUUCUACUUCUUUGAGGUGAAAAUGCCAUCUGUAGACGGGGAAGAGAGUGGGGAUGAAGAGGUUGCUCGCAGUCUUAAUGAUGACGAAAACAUGAGCGAAGAAGACGACGACGAAGACAGUCUGCCUUCGGGUUCAGACGACGACUCCUCCGACUCGAUUGAUGAAACAGAGAACGAAAGGAGACGCACUGAAUGUCUAGAUGAUAUGGCCGACUUGGAAAGACAAUUUACUGAGCUUAAGGAGCAGCUCUACCAUGAGCGGUUGAACCAAGUUGAAAAGAAACUUGAGGAAGUUGCGUCAGCAGAGUUAGCAAAUGAAUAUGUGGGUCCUCUGGCUGAACUCAAGGAGAUGUGUGAAAUCAGGAUAGAGGUAUCAGGUAUUCUAAGGGACUGCAGGCUGGAAAAUGUUAAAAACAAGUACAAUGCAGAUGAGCAAGCAGCGUUACAGCAUUUUGAGAGUGAGAAACUUGCCUUAAUGGAGAGCAUGAAGGCUGAGCUUGAAGAGAAAAUUCGAAAACUAGAAGAGGAUAAACACAACAUGGAUAUAUCUGCAGAUUUAUGGCUGGAAUCCCAUUCAACGAACAAGAAACAAAGGAAAGCGGCAGAGGCUGUCAUGCACCCUGAGAAGCGGCGCAAGCCUGUUACUGUCUCAGGUCCCUAUAUUGUAUAUAUGCUUAAGGAGAUGGAUAUUCUUGAAGACUGGGCAGCUAUAAGGAAGGCAAAAGGUGCUCUCGCCAGAAGAAAACAGCAAAGGAAAUGCUCAGGGUCAUAUCCAAAUGAGAAGUGUUUAUUUAAUGCACGAUAUGAGGAUGGAAAACUAUACUACGAAGGACAAUGGUAUCAAAAAGGGAGCCCCGUUAUCAUAGAAGGGAAGGACCAUACAUCAUGCAAUGCUAUGAUUACUGGUAUAAACACAGGCGAGAUAAUUUUUCGUCGUAGCGACGGCUGCAAGACAAACAUGUAUAUAGGACAGUUACAAAAAGGGAAGUUUAAAAUCCGAAAGCCUUAGCCAUACGCACUACACGUUACACAUGUUGAAAGGCUAGUGUCUUUCUGCCUUGAAAUACCUGGGAGGACGAUCUUACGAACAGUAUAAAUAAUGUGUAAAUAGUUGUACAGUGGAACGAGUCCAAAUCGACCGCCAAAUUCCUUCAAAGGGGCGGGGCUUUUUCUAUCAAUCUGUUGGUCAAGAUGUUUUCCAGAUCAUCCCGCCCCCCUUAACUCGAGUUUACACGCGCCGAGUUGUUGGGCCGACUGUCUGCCGUAAGAUUUACAAUUGCGAUUUGUCGGGCCCCUGCUUUGGUCGGUAAAACGAAAAAAUCCUUUUCGACCCCAAUCACAAAAUCGUCUCAACCAAUCGGCGCGUGUUGCUCAGCCAUUUAGAAGUUAUCUGUCUAAGCCUCUAACCAAUCAAUCUGUUCUACGUCACUGUUCAGUGAGCCAGGUGCAAGGGUGACACCGUUAUCAGAUAGUGUGCUACUUGGGCGUUGAGCCUCGUUUGCAUAAUAUCGUCUAUAGGCAAUCUUUUAUAAUACUGAUAUUAAACGAUAACUUCUAAUCGCA